AUGAAAAUCCGUCAUCUCCUUCAUGAUGAGUUCGAUUCUUCUCAAGAAACAUUAUCCCCAUUUGACUUUCAACAAGUUAGCCCAUCGUUUCUUAUAUCUUCCGAUAAACAACAAUCAAGUGAGAUGUUACUUGAUCAAGGAUCCUCUAGCUAUGAUUUUGCCAAACCCAAAGAACUCAUGUCUCCUUCGAUCCAAAAGUAUAGCGCUAAUGAGAUUGAAUUGCCACAAUUUUUUAACGAGGUUUCAUCUGUCAGUUUUGAUAAUGAAGAGAAAGAGACUUCAAAGUCCAACUCUUUUAUUGAACUUCCUCCCCUACAAUCGUUGUCAAACUUCACCACCAACCUACAUUCAUCUUUUAAUUCUCCAUUCCUUGUUCCCUCCAAGGAAGAUAUAUUACUUAAAGAUCCUGAUUUGUGGUCUCAAUUUUAUCGCGUCGAUAAUGAAAUGAUUAUCACAAAGGCUGGAAGAUGCAUCUUUCCUUUAUUAAAAUUUCAGCCUGUAAAUUUAAAUCCUACCGUAAAUUAUUCUUUUGUGAUUGAUUUUGUCCAAGUAUCAGCAAACCGUUAUAGAUAUAAAAAAGGAAAUUGGGUUUGUAUAGGCCUGGAUAAACGUAGAUUUUUAUCAAACAACUUUAACAAGCAAGGUGGUAAACUACUUAAAGUAGGCUCAGUUUGUGGAAAUCCAUACACUCAUCCGGAUUCUCCGCAAUCAGGUGCUUAUUGGAUGAAUUUUGGCUUAAACUUUCCGAAAAUUAAACUUACAAAUCGUAUGCGCCCAAGUCCAUCCAAAGCAAAGAAAAGGAGAAGAAAUGACUUGGUUUCAAAUAACAAUAUGUCACUCCCCGCGGGUCAUUUUUAUCUUACCACUUUCCACAAAUAUCAACCUCGCGUUAAAAUGAUUAAACAUUCAGCUCUUGAGGAUCAAGUAGCGUUUUACGCUUUUGAGGAAAUGACAUUUAUCGCUGUAACUCAUUAUCAAAAUGAAGCGGUUAAUGCUCUAAAGAAAUGUAAUAAUCCUCACGCUAAAGGAUUUAAAGAAUCUUUGGAUCAAGAUGUUAAUAAUAAUACAGAAGGAUCCAAAAGUUCCGAUUAUGAAGAUUCCGAAGUUGGUCAAUACGAUGAAAAUAAUGAAGUAGACCUUGAAGAAAUUAGUGAUUCGGAGGAAGAUGGUGAAUUUUAUAAUAGUUCGUUAUCUUAUCCAACGACAUCAACUACGAGUCAAUCAAAUAAUUCUACCCUUAUAGAUCAAAGAAUUCAACAAUGGAGACAAACUAUUAAUAAUGAAACAAUUUCAAGCGAUGACGUGUUUCGAACGAAUCGUACAAAUCUUUAUGAAAAUAAGGGAGAAUUCCGCGCAAAAGUUGUAAAAAAUGCUCAUAAUCCUUUAUGUAAACAAAGAAUUUAUGAACACCCUUCAGAAGAUAAGCGAUCUGAUAUUGAUAUGUAUGUAGCCAGUUCUCGACAAAUCCCUCCUCCAACUUCGAUCUCUUCAAGAAAUUUUGGUUUUGAUACCUUUUCAAGUUCUGGAUAUAAUAAUAAGUUCAGCACAAAUUCAGAUAAUGACCCAUAUUGGACAGAUUAUGGUUCUCAAUAUAAAACAGAAAAUAUUACAUCAAACCGAAUUUCAAAACAAAAUCAACCAAUUAUAGUUCAGUCCUUUCCUCAUCCAGCUUUCAAAUCUACAACACCAUCUGUCUUGGCUCAAAGAACUCCAUAUCCUCGAAAAUAUGAUACAGAAAAAGGUUUGCAGCAACAAGAAGAAAUUAGGGCACGAAAUACGCAUGCUCCCGAAUCUCCAUUGUCACCUGGAAAUAUAUUCUUUUCAACAAUUUCUAACCAUACACCAUCAAAUGUUGAAAAUUCAACGUCACAUUCAAGUAUUCGGCUUGAACAAGUUAAAGAUGAAAACAAAAGAUUAAGAGAAUUUAUACGUGAGAGAUAUGGAGUUGAAGCAGAGAGAGAAGCUGAUGUUGUGGUUUCCCUUGGAGGAAACGAAUAUAAAUGA